UUGGAUUCUACCUUUAAAAUUACAAGGAAAGAAUGUGACAUUCCUUUCAUUCUGAUCACUGUGCAACGUCAAAUUUUCAUCACAGCGAAGUCGAGUACUACUCAAUCGGAUGUUGACGUGUUGUUAUUUAUAUCCUUAAUCCGUCACCCCUCCUUGCUGUUAUGUUGGUUUGUACCGACUCGCCUCUGUCUGUUUCAAGUUGCGCCUGCUCCUCUGCCCCUGUUUGGCUGCGUCUCCUGGCAUCCACCGAUCUUAUCCACUUGUACCGUGGCAUUUUGCAAGGGAAUCUGGCCUAACAAGCAAACAUGGUUUUUUUGCCACUACGAGCGAUUGGAUUAUAAAAACUGCACACAAGCGUUGCAGAAUGAGAACGCCUGAGGCCGGGGGUUAGAACCUUCCACUGGAGAGAGAAACUGAAAUCAUACAGGGCUGAAGUUGGACCCAGAGACCCCUGUUGGGGUGUGAAGGGCCCUAUCAGCCUUGUGUGUCUGGACCAUGGGGGAUGGAGGCAUCAAUGCAACUGGAAGAGAAGGAGUCAACCAGUCCCAUGUCCUGUUUGACAAAUUUGUCCAGGCAACCACAUGCAAGGGAACACUCAAGGCCUUCCAGGACCUGUGCGAUCUCCUGGAAGUCAAGCCCACAGAGUACAGAGUGUUUUACCACAGACUCAAAUCCAAGCUCAACUACUGGAAGGCCAAAGCACUUUGGGCUAAGCUAGACAAGAGGGCCAGCCAGAAAGAGUAUAAGAAAGGCCGUGCCUGUACCAACUCAAAGUGUCUCAUCAUUGGUGCCGGACCAUGUGGCUUACGAACAGCCAUCGAGCUCGCCUUCCUGGGUGCUAAAGUAGUCCUGUUGGAGAAGAGGGAUGCCUUCUCCAGGAACAAUGUCCUACACCUUUGGCCCUUUACCAUUCAGGACCUCAGGGGCCUUGGGGCCAAGAAGUUCUAUGGAAAAUUCUGCGCCGGUGCAAUUGAUCAUAUCAGUAUUCGUCAACUUCAGCUCAUGCUGCUCAAAGUGGCUCUCCUCCUGGGCAUUGAAAUUCAUGUCAACGCAGAGUUCAAAGGGCUUAUUGAACCUCCUGAGGACCAGGAGAGUGAAAGGAUAGGCUGGAGGGCAGAGGUCCACCCCAGGACACACCCUGUCAACGAGUUGGAGUUUGAUGUAAUCAUUGGUGCAGAUGGAAGAAGAAACACGCUGCCAGGGUUUCGACGGAAGGAGUUCCGCGGCAAACUUGCAAUCGCCAUUACGGCAAAUUUCAUCAAUAGGAACACGACAGCGGAGGCUAAGGUUGAAGAAAUCAGCGGAGUGGCCUUCAUCUUCAAUCAGAAGUUUUUUCAAGACCUCAGAGAAGCGACAGGUAUUGAUCUUGAAAACAUUGUCUACUACAAGGAUGACACGCACUACUUUGUGAUGACUGCCAAAAAACAAAGCCUGCUGGAGAAAGGAGUCAUUCUGCAUGACUAUGCGGACACAGAGCUGCUGCUUUCCAGAGCAAAUGUGGAUCAGGUAGCCCUCUUGUCUUACGCCCGUGAGGCGGCCGAUUUCUCAACCAACCACCAGCUUCCCGCAAUGGAUUUUGCCAUCAACCACUACGGCCAACCCGAUGUCGCCAUGUUUGACUUUACCUGCAUGUAUGCAUCGGAGAGUGCCGCCAUGGUGCGCCAGCGCCAUGGCCACAAACUACUGGUGGCGUUAGUAGGAGACAGCCUAUUGGAGCCCUUUUGGCCAAUGGGUACUGGCAUUGCCCGAGGUUUCCUGGCAGCGAUGGACUCUGGCUGGAUGGUGAAGAGUUGGGCUCAGGGAAAACAGCCUUUAGAAGUGCUCUCUGAGAGGGAGAGUAUUUAUCGUCUACUGCCCCAGACCACGCCAGAAAAUGUCAGCAAGAACUUCAGUCAAUACAGCGUGGAUCCCACUACACGUUACCCCAAUAUUAGCCUUAACUUCCUCAAACCUAGCCAGGUAAGGCACCUCAUAGACACAGGAGAGUCGGCAGAGAUGCGCAUAGAAAGAGAGAAUGUGAUCAACUCAUCAACACCAAAGUUGACCAGGAAUGACAAUUGUCUGCUUGAAAAGCAGUUGCAAGAAUCCAUCGCUCGGUCCAGUAAACUUCUCAAUUGGUGCCAGAGACAAACAGAAGGAUACAAAAAUGUUUGCGUCAAAGACCUCACCAUGUCAUGGAAGAGCGGCCUCGCCUUGUGUGCGCUCAUCCACCGAUACAGGCCAGAUCUCAUUGACUUUGACACUCUGGAUGAGCGAGACCAGGAAAAGAACAACCAGUUGGGCUUUGACGUGGCCGAGCGAGAAUUUGGCAUCUCACCGUGCAUGACUGGCAAGGAGAUGUCGUCUGUGGUGGAGCCUGACAAACUUUCAAUGGUCAUGUACCUCAGUCAGUUCUAUGAGAUGUUUAAGGACACACUGCCACCUGGAGAUAAACAAAAUCUGAGUCCAGAAGACAAGGCUGCUCUUAUGGCAAGCACCAAAUCGCCUAUCUCCUUCUUUAGUAAACUUGGACAGAGCAUAGCAAUCUCAAGGAAACGUAACCCCAAGGACAAAAAGGAGAAGGAGGUUGACAGUUUGGGGAAGAGGAGAAAAACCAGCCAGUCUGAAGAUGAGGAAGCAUCUAAGGCUAGUCGGGCGGACAGACCGGCUGUUCCUGCACUCCUGUCAGAGAGGAAGACGGACUCUACUGCUGGAGGGAACAACAAUAAAGUCAAGGUUAUGGCUACCCAGCUGCUUGCCAAAUUUGAGGAAAAUGCUCCCCAGCAGGGUUCAGGACUGAAAAGACAGGGGGACUCUUUGCCCAAUCUGGACUGUAUCUUGCACCCAUCACCACCAAAACCCCUCGAGCCAAUCCGCCUAGCACCUGUACCAGCUUGGAGAAAGAAACGCACACAGCAGCAGGAGCAGCUGAGCAUUCGCUACCAAGAAAAGAUCAAGUGUCAGACGCUGCCCAACAGAGGGGAGCAGGCCAGAAGUGUUGCUGACCAAGCAGCCAGCUCAGGCUGCCCAAAGAAAACCAUUCUCCUUUCUUCCUCCUACUCCACUUCUUCGCUCUCUCUCCACACCGAGCAUUUGGAUGUCACUCCAGAUGAAGAGGAGCUUGAAUACUACGAGAAGCCCGUGAAUUGCGGGGAGUCGAAGCCUUUGCAUCUAAAUGAUCCAGGACCUAUCCAUGUGCCUAGUAUACAGGAGAGGGCUGACCGCCUUUUCUCCAAGUUUAAGGGAAAAAAUGAUAAGCCACCCAAGCCCAAGAAAAAGCCGUCCCGUUUCUUUUUAGAGCAGUGGUACUUGGCCCGAGGAAUCACUGAGCACUCAAGCUCGUCGCUCUCCUCUUCUGAAACUUGUAGAAAGAAACCAGCAAAGUCUUUGUGUUCAGCUGUCCCAAUGCCCUUAUAUAUGCUUAGUAUUCAGGAAAGGGCCGAGGAACUUGCUUCUCAGUUGGAGGGCAAGUCAACUGGACCCAAGAAAAAACCCUCAGGUUUUUUCAUGGAACAGUGGCACCUGGCCCGAACCCAAAGUGCCUCUGAUUCUUCUCUUUCUUCUGACGCCUUGAGACAGCACUAUGUAAGGAUGUACACAGGGGGAGUUAGCUCAUUGGCUGAGCAGUUAGCCAAUCAGCUUCAGUCGCAGGAUGAGCCCAAACGAUUACCUGAGAAAAGAGAUUUGGGCUCCCUCAGAAAAGAAUUCCCCGUCAAUAUCGGAGGCAGCGACGUUUGCUUUUUCUGCCGGAAACGAGUGUACGUGAUGGAAAGGCUGAGCGCAGAAGGGAAAUUCUUUCAUCGCAGCUGCUUCAAGUGCGACUACUGUGGGACCACACUCCGACUGUCUUCCUAUGCCUUCGAUGUGGAGGACGGUAAAUUUUACUGCAAGCCACACUACUGUUAUCGUCUGUCUGGCUCUGCUCAAAGAAAGAGACCCGCACCUUCUCCCACCCCAGCUCCAAGCACAUCUAAGGAGAACCAGGAGCCCACAACUCCUGCGACAAUGGUAGAUACCCCCGGAAGGGCGACGGCAGUGGCAGGACCCUCAGCCGAUAUCCGGCCCUCAGUACCGGAAGCCAAUGGCCUGCAGGAGCCAAGCCUCGCAAAGCGGCUUCGUGGAACACCCGAGCGAAUUGAGCUGGAGAACUACCGACUGUCCUUGCAAAGGGAGGAUGAGUUGGAGGAGGUGCCAGAGGAGACACUGGCAGAGCAUAAUCUCAGCAGUGUGCUGGAUAAACCCACGGACAUUGACCUGGGCUCCAGUAGCUCAGAUUCAGACAUGGAUGAUGAUGAUGAACAAGAUGACCAGGAGGAGGAAGAGGUGGAAGUCGAGUUGGAGGAGGAGCAGCAACUUCACAGCCCCUCAGACCUUGGAGGCGUCCCUUGGAAGGAGGCAGUACUGCUCCACACCCAACUUAGAGGUGGUGAUGUAGAGGAUGAGGCUCUCGCUGAACAAGAUGAGGAAGAUGACGAUGAAGAGUCAAGCGAAGAGGGGGAUUACUGCCCCUGGGACAGGGAGCUCCAGUCAGGCCUUUGGCUGGAGUGCCUCACAGAUGAAGAUGAUGUUUGUACUUUUAAAGCCAAGAACCUACAAAUUCAACAAAUCCUGCAGCCUUUGGAUCCUCUUGCAAUUCUGGAUGUGGGAGGAACACACAAAGACUCUGAAACAGAUGGAGACGGCCAACUGGCCUCAGCCUCCCGGCCCGUUGAGCUCAGACAGCGUUCCUUUCCAGCCCCUGCCCACACGUCUGCCCGGCACGAAGCAGUGCGAGUCUGGUUGGAUUCAAUGUCUGGAGAACCUUGUGAGGAUGACGAUCUGGAAGCAGAAGCACAUAGCCCAGAUAUGGAACCUGGUACUGAAAUAGACCAAGAUGACAUCCCCUCCGAUGCUGAAGCUGAGGCACGUUUGCACCCGCCAUUGCACAGGGAAACUAUUCCAGAGGAAGACAAAACAUAUGAAACUGUGGGAUUGGCAGCAAAUAUUGGACAAUCAAGCACUGAACCCAUAUUAAAGGGAGAUGAUGCCGUUCUAUCACCAGUCUUACCUGCAAUAGAGCCUGAAAGACAGGUGCAGUCUCCAGACACCUGCUUUUUCCCAGAACUGCUACUUUUUGAGGAACCGAAAGUUGAAAAGAUAACACCAUCACCAUCUUCCAACGGCCCGUCGCCUGUCUUUAACCCUUCCCCCGUUGCCUCUCCAGCUGCUGCUUCCGUGAAAUCUCCCAUCUCGCCUCUCACCAAGUUACCAUCCAACUCCGGUGCCAGCUCUCCGGUUAAUCCAUCUGUCGAGCCUCUUGUCCAAUCCCCCGUAAAGUCACAGGAAGCCUCUCCAAUCCGUUCCCAGCCUGCUUCACUACCAGAAACAUGCCCACCUAAGUCUCCGGUGUACCCUCACAGAUCAAUUUGCCCUCUCACCGGCAACCCACUCUCCCCAAUAUGUGCACAACCUUUGCCCUGCCAUGAACCUUCAUCACCUGUGGCCUCUAAAUCUCCAGUCAGAACACAGCCAAUUUCAAACGUCACUUCAACACCAUUGGCCAGAAGUGACAGAGCCACACCAGAUUCUGACAAUUCCUCAGCAGAUGAAUCUUUGUCUAAAAAGACUGAUAUUAUUGAGGAAUUUUGGUUAAAGAGUGCUGAGAUCCGAAAGAGUCUUGGUCUUAUUCCUUUAGACCGCAGUAGUAAAGUCAUGGAGAAGAGCGUUGUUUCGAGUCCAACACAAGACUCCACUCCUGCGAAGAAACAGGCUCUGGAUGUGUUUGAGGACCAAAAGCCUGCGUUGCCUGGACGCACUGUAAUUCGCAGACUCAACAUCACUCUUGAAGGUCAAGUCAUUACACCCAUUGCCCCUGUGGAGGGUAAAAGUAAUGUUACUGACACAAAAGAAUUUAGCAGCAGCUCAGGUCUGGGCCUCAACAGUAGUUUGGCAACAAGCCAAACGGCAAACAGCGACAGCUACAUUACCUCCGACUCCAUCAUGCUCACCCCGCCCUCCAGUCCACCCCCACCUGUGCCUAUUAAUCAAUCCCCUGCGGUACUCAGGCAACAAAAACACCAAGUCCCUUGGAGAAACGGGACAGUAAAACCUCCAUGCGAGCUUGCCAAAGAACCGCCAGCCAUAAAGACUCCUGUUCCUGCACAGAGGACCCAACCGAGUCCUAUAUCUGCACCCAAACCUGCACCCAGGAAAUUGGCAUCGCCAUCAGUAGAUCUUGCAGAAACAUCCGCAGUUAUCAUGAGGGAGAAGAAGAAACCUCGGUCAGAGGAGCUGAGAAAGUCCUUUGUGGAGACGGUGGCAGAAAUUCCGUUUGCUGACGAUGUGGAGGAACAUUUUGAUGAGCGAACGCCCGAGACGAGAAUGAAUAAGUUUUAUACUCCACCUACCAGCAAGGUCAAAGUAGACAGGCCUCCAUUUCACCUGGCUCUUGCAAUGGAAAAUGGCAAACCCAUUAUUCCUGUCAGCCCAGUCUCUAAAACGCAGCGGUCCACUCAGUUCUCUCCAGAGGCCAAAGAAAUAGCUGAGGAGAGGAUAAGGGCAAGAGAAAAGUCCAUUAAAAGUCAGGCUCUUAAAGAAGCAAUGGCCAAGCAACUAAAUAAAAUGAAAGAGUCCAACAUAGAAGAGGGGGCCUCCCCUAAAGUGGCCUGGAGUGUCACCCCGGAGCUGUCAGGGAAAAGUAACAAGUCUUCAGUAUCUCCCACGACGUCCGCCGUCAAAGCUCUGGAAUCAAAGAAAGUAGAGACUCUACCCGAGCGUCUCUUCAGCAGCAACAGGAGUUUGGACAGCUCCGUGGCGUCCUCCGACAGCUCAUCCACGAGUAAGAGCAAGAAACGAAGUUCUCUCUUCUCACCCCGCAAAAACAAAAAAGAGAAAAAGGCAAAGAAUGACGCAAGCCGGGUUUCGGGCGCAGAAGAAACACCACCCAAACACAAGUCUUUGUGGAAGACUGUCUUCUCAGGGUACAAAAAGGACAAAAAAAAGAAAGAUGACAAGUCGUGUCCCAGUACACCGUCGUCCGGCUCUACCAAUCAGGAUUCUGGGAAGAAGAGAGCAUCCCCCGUUGGAAAGUCGGCAGAUGGAAAGUCACGUAGAAACUUGAGCUUUUCUGAGGAUUCAGACCUGUCAUGUGACGACGUUCUGGAGAGAUCGUCCCAGAAGUCAAAGGCAGAUCGACACACGGACAUCUUUGACCUAGUAUCAGGCAUGCACAAGGAGGCAUUGAAGGAGGAGAGAAUGGACAAGGAGAUAAGGAAGGAAUUAAAAGAAAGAAAAAAGGGGAAAGAGAGGCUCAAAGAAAGAGACCGAGGAAAAGCGGUUGUUGGCAAAAAGGAGAAAGACGAUGAGUCUGUUUAUGUCCCUCAUGCACUGGCGUUCAAGAGAUCAUAUGCCUCAAAGAAAACCUACACGGAAGAAGAGCUCAAUGCCAAGUUGACACGUAGAGUCCAGAAAGCUGCUCGACGUCAAGCUAAGCAGGAAGAACUCAAGAGGUUACACCGGGCCCAGAUUAUCCAGAGGCAACUAGAGCAGGUGGAAGAGAAGCAGAGGCAGCUAGAGGAGAGAGGCGUGGCUGUGGAAAAGGCAUUGCGAGGAGAAGCAGGAAUGUACAAAGGUACUUAUACAUUACCCAAACAGCACAAAAGAAGAUCAGACUAUUGGGGAGAUUCUAAUUACAGUGAAAUCCUGGACUUACAUCUGGGCGUCCCUCGCUCCCUUUCCCCUUGUCUUGUGGAAGUUGAGCCCUUUGUGGGGAUGCACCGUCGGAGAACUCUCCCCUUCUGCCUCUGCUGUUCCCCUGAAGGCAUGGGAAAGAAGGACGAUCCCAAACUAAUGCAAGAAUGGUUCAAGCUGGUGCAGGAGAAGAAUGCCCUAGUCCGCUAUGAAUCCGAACUCAUGAUAUUUGCCAGAGAAUUGGAGCUUGAGGACCGCCAGAGUCGAUUGCAGCAGGAACUAAGGGAGCGAAUGGCUGUGGAAGACCACCUGAAGAAUGAGAAGGAACUUGCACAGGAGAAGCAGAUCUUGAAUGAGAUGCUCGAUGUUGUGGAGCAGCGCGAUGCCCUGGUGGCACUGCUGGAGGAGCAGAGGCUUCGAGAGAAAGAGGAAGACAAGGACCUGGAGGCUGUGAUGCUCUCAAAAGGCUUCAACCUUAAUUGGGUUUAACAAGAGUGAACAAAUUGCGCCAACAGGUCUGAGGUUGAAAUGACCUGGAGCGUCUCAGACUUCUUUGAUCAACAUAGCGCGGCGAACAUGAAAAAAGGCAGUUCGUCGGAAUCUGUCACACCUACAGCAAUGAAUGUGUACAGAUUCCCAGCAAACAUACACUCGCACACAGUAGCCUGCGGUGUUUACACACCCUCAGCCCACAGGCAGUUCUAGUUAAUCACUUUUCAGGUUUGGACUUUCACCGUGGGUAGAAAGACGGUACUUAAGCAAUUCAUCAGUGCAGCCUUGAUAUCCUGGCUCUUUUGGAGCAUGUUCAAAGACUUGUUGGGUCGGCAAUGAUCUAAAGGGAAGAAUGCAGUCUGGUCCUGCUGAUGUAAAGGAAACUUAAAGAAAUGUGUUUUGUAAAUAAGUUGUGUAGAUGCAGUAACAUCUUACAGCAGAUCAAGAUCCUCCGCCAAAAAGGAAGGCUUCUGAAAUUGCCUUCCUCCACAUUGACUUCUUCCUGAUGAACCACAAAGACAAAAUAAUGUUUCUUUCGUUUUAGCAUAGUUUUCUGUGGCGCCACACUAAGAGUCCAUCAAACACAGUAUUUUAAUGUAUUUAUGAUAUUUUAUCAAACAUCAUCACUUUGCACUCACACUGGUGUCACAAUUAUUGAGCGGCCGUAUACAUGUGCCCAUCCGCACGCCGACACCAGGCAGGGGAACUGGAUUCGACUGCCGGGGCGACAUGUUUCCUCUGCAGAAAGCCUCCAGUGACCGUGAAAAACAAUGAGAGACCCCCCAUUAGUACAUGACAAGCUAGGAAGGAAUGUACUGGCAAUUCUGGUAAACCGUGAGCCUAAGGGCAGUGUGCCUUUGAGGCUCCAGGACUCACCCUCAGCCCAUCACGAACAGACCCUAAGAAACCUUAGAGGGAGGGAAACUAAUGGCUACAAUAUCAUGUUCCUGGCAAACAGGGCUGCCGUUGGAAAAGUAGCCUAAUUAGUGAACGCUGCAUCCAUAACAAAUACUUUUUAUUUUGUCCCUGACUGUAAGGACACAGAAUACACACGUAAGCACAUUUGGUAGAAGAGUGUAAUGGUUCACCAUGCUUAUAUUGACCUUUUCCCUUGUGUCUGCUUUUUAUUAUCCCUGAAAUUUGUUUCUGACCAUUCAACCCAAUCUGGAGAGGGAGUGGGCAGUCGGGACCGGAGGAAAACUCACAGAAGCAAGGGGAGUACAUGCAAACUCGAGAGCCCCAAAGUCGGUUGUUAAAUCAACAGGGCUCCAUGGUGUUUGGCCCUGGUCCGCCACAUCUGUAGAGGUUUAUUGUAAUUCUGAAGCUCCUCAGACGACUGAUCUCUUUUAUUUUUGUGAUUUUUAAUAUUGAAGGACCCCGUGGAGUCUGUAUACCAUGGGAUAAAAAUGUGGAUGACAUUACAGGGUAGUAAGAUAUUACUAUUUGCAACUGUUUUCCUUAGUUCACGUGAUUAUACAUGGUUGUAUGACAUUUUAUUGAUUCAGUGGUCUUCGUGGUUCGCUUGCAAGCUCUUCCAAAAACGGAAUUUCAAUUUAAUGAAAUUUUAUUUUAAAACAAAAUAGACGUAGUGUGUCUUGACUUACAAACAUUUUGACUCGGGAUCGAUUGUGUCUGCAAGUUGAGGACUUACCUGUAUUUACAUCUAGAUGUGUUAAACAACUUAGGACAGAGCACCUUUUGUUUAAAUCCACACACAUUUCAAGUGGGCAAAGGUAUUAUUAAAUUAACUAACAGUACAUAACACGAUGGAAUGCUGGGUAGCAUGUCCAUCUCACAGUUCAGAAGUGCAGCCUAUGUGGAGUUUGCAUGUACAUGGGUUUCCCUCUGGGUGCUCCGGUUUCCUCCCACAUCCCAAAGGUGGUAGGCCGAGUGACCACUCCAAAUUGUUCGUCAGUCUGGAUGUGAGUGGGUGGUUGGUUAGGUGUACCCUGCGAUUGGCUGAUGACCAGUUCAGGGUGUCCCCUGCCUACCCCCCAAAGACUGCCAGGAUAGACUCCAGCAUGCCCAUGACCCUCGUGAGAAUAAAGCAGUUCAGAAAAUGGAUGGAUGAGUUUGUAUUAUUUAAUAGUUGAUGGCAUAACCCUUACUUGCAAUAACUGCAUCAAGUGGGCAACCCAUUCAUUUCACCAGACUGUUUUCUUCUCAAAAUGCUUUUCCAAGCCUUUACUACAUCAUCUUAAUGUUCUUGUUUGUUUCUUCAGGAGGGGUAAUACAUGCUCCAUUGGGCUAAGUUUCUGGUGAUUGACUUUCGGUUAGUCUAAGACAGGGGUGGGCAAACUUUUUGACUCGCGGGCCGAACUGGGUUCUAAAUUUGGACCGGAGGGCCGGACAAGGAGCAGAUGGACGUAGGCGUUGUGUGAAGUCAUAUAAGCGACCUGUAAAGGUCAUUGCAUAAAAGAUCUUGCCCUUUAGUAGGUAGUAAAGCAUGGAUAUUCCAAACAAUUGUUUUGAAAACAAAUGCAUUUAUUAACAGCAUUAAAAAAAUAAUAAUUCACUAAAAAACUGCUAUCAGUGAUUCUCAUAAAAUACGACACUGUUAUUAUGAAUGACAAUCUCCAUCACUUCAGUGCCUGCAGGUCAAAUUAAUGAAAGAUGUUUAUCUUAUGAGAUCACAUCAAACGGCAAACAUUCUGACCAAAUAUAUCAUCUUGAAGAAUCGGUGAAAGCAUACAUCCAAAUAAAGUAAUCAAAACAGCAACACGGUGAGGGGUAUCUGAAAAUCAGAGCAGAGUUUUAACUCGCAAACACCUGGUAACAGAGGUGAGGAAACGGGAAACACUUGCUUAAAGUAAGCCUUAAGAACUUUACAGGUUAAGAUUAGUCGCAAAUAGGUGGUGCAUCAAUGUCCUUGAGCAUCCUGCAUUGUUUGAAAAUGAGAAUGGUCGCUAGUUUCAAUCCCUGCUAUGUGUACAAAUCAUAUUCAAAAUGCAUUUUUUUACAAUAAACUUGAGAGCCUCCCGUUCAUUUUCAGUGGGAACAGUGUUGUUGGUGUCCCUUUUUUGCUAGUGCGUCAUAGUCUGGAGUAAAAUUUGUUGUGGCAAUUCUUAGGCGAGAUCCGAGGUGUUGGUCCGUUUACCUUCUGUGACGGGUUGAUGUUAAUGUGGCUGAACGUCACGUCGCGUACGUUGAGCCAAAUUGUCCACUCUUUUUUUAACAUUCGGCACUCACUUCUUUUUUUCGGGCCACUCAUUUUAAUGGAAGGAUUCCAGGGGAAGGUUUGUGGGUGGCUUUAGCGCAAAACUGCAUCUGAAAGCUCAGCGCGCGAAUUAUAAGAAUGCUGUCGUCUAAAUUCGGGACUGAUACGAAUAGAGCGAGAGUGCGCCAAGUCCGUACUACUGAGUACGUACACGCACUUGUGAGUGUGCACCGAGCUUUCUGACACGGCUUCCGGUAGUAAAUGCGCAGGCGAGCGCUUCGCCAUCUACUGGGAAAACGCAGUCAUUGCAGGCAAAAUGACCAAAAAAAAAAAAGUUUAAUAAUACAAUUUGUUCAGGGUUGGCGGGCCGGAUUAAACGGUCCCGUGGGCCGGAUGUGGCCCGCGGGCCGUAGUUUGCCCACCCCUGGUCUAAGACCUUCAAAUUCUCCCCUGAUGAAGUACAUUGUUGUGUCUUGCGUCAUUGUAUGAUGAAGCUUCUCCCGAUUAGAUGAAUUCCUCUGUAAAUUUACACACAAAAUGGUUUUGUAGACUUUACACAUCACAUAUGUAUACAGUACACAUAUAUACACAAACUCUAGUUACAGCACACUGCUUUUCUCUCGUCGUCCAAACUGAGACUGAAUGAUUAUUAAUAGUCCAGGGUCCACUCAGCUGGGAUAGGAUCUAAUUUCUCAGAGACCUUGAAAAAGCUAGGAACUGUAUACAAAAUGAAUGAAAGGAUGAUUUCAGGGAAGUUACGGCGUUUGUACAUUCACUCAUGUGUCCCAAAUAAAAUAUAAAGUGAAAACACGAGCGUUUCACGUGAUCAACAGUGAUGGACACACCUCCUGAUAGGAAAUUCACCAUAUCACACUGAUAGCUAAUGUUUACAAAUAUACAUGUCUUGUUUUUUGGGGUUUUUUUUUUUGUCUCCUACGAUGACAAAUGAGAUACAGCAAGCGGCAGUGUUCAUACAGUACAACAGAUGCAUUCUGUUUUUAUUCUAUCCUUUCACAAGGGUUAAUGUUUCAGUGGACAUUUUUUAAGGGUCUGUAAAACAAAAUAUUUAAUUUGAGGUUCUGGAGCAAUGCAUAUGCUGUGAAUAUUUUGCAUCUAAUUGAAAAUUUGAAAUAUCCCUGACAGGUUUGGUUAUUGUUUUACAGCACAUAGAGGACACAUUAUAUAGUAUAUGUGCAAUGAGUUGGCAUAAAGUUACACGAGCCUUUGGUGUGUAGAUUGUGAGUGUGGUGUGUGACAUGAUUGUACUGAUAUUUAUUAAUGUGUGAAAACUGUAUUAUAUGUAAAGAAUAAUUUUUAAACUGUUCUGUUGGCGCACGACUUAUGUAAAUGCUUUGUGUAGCUGCUUAUGGGUGUUGGAUGUAUGCUGCAAACAGCAAUAAAACAAUGCAGUUGUCUUUCUAA